AUGAAUUCUCUUUAAAUUUAAUUAGUACUUUUACUUCUUUUUGUUUGUGUUCAAAGUAUUGAUUAAUGCAAAGAGUAUGACACCUAUAAAGCUUGCAUUAACAGCGACGUAGAAUAAUGCAUGUGGCUCAAUAACAGAAAUCUUUGCUAAAAAACCAAUGACUAUUUAUAAGGCUGCAGUAUAACAAUGAAUAAGAGAGCAUGCGUCAAACAAAUUGGCAACGCCUAAGGUUAACCAGCUAAAUGUCGUUUUAUCAAUGUAUGCGAAGUAAUUCCAAAUAUCAAAACAGAGGAAUGCUUGAACAAUCUGUCAAAAUACGGCUGCAUAGCUAUUCAAAACCCAGAGUAGAUUUGCUAUUGGAAGGAUGAUAAAUGUUAAGUAUUAUAUCAAAAUCAAUGGAGUUAAGUUCAAAAGGAUUUUGAUUCAGUAGCAUAUAGUGCAUCUGCUUGUUUUUUAAUUGAGAGUUAUUUAAUAAUACACAAUACUAUCUUAUGGGAUUUAAUAUCAUAUACUCCUAAUUUGUAUGACGAAGCAGAUAGAAUCUUGAAAAAGGAAAAGGGUUUAUAAGUUGAUGGCGAUAUAGUUUUUGAUAAUCCAAAUACAGUAUCUUUGCAAAACAACUAUUAAUUUUCGAAUGGAUCAUAUGCAUGGUAUACUAUUAGAGAGUCUAAAGAAAUUAAAUUAAGCAAUCUGUAGAAAUCGUAUCGUUACAGAGUAGGAUGUAUAGCAAUAGAAAUAUAAAAUGAUGCUGAUUAUUUGAAUCUUUUAAGGUUAACAGACGAGGUUAGAGGGAUCAAUCAUAUUUAUUGCAAAUACUUAAAUUAAAACCCAACGAUAUCAAACCAAUAUGUAUACUCAAAUAGAGUUUGCAAAAUGUUUAACAAAGAAAAUUUGAAUAAUUAAAAUAAAAUUUUGGAAUUGGAUUUGGGUUGUAAGUCCAUCGAUUAUUUUCAAUGCAUUUAUUAUUAUUCGAAUACAAAUACUUGCAGAUUGAAAGCAACAGAAUACGAAUAUCCUUGUGUGAAUUAAGAAAAUGAUUAUGUUGCUGAUUGUCUAAAAGGUUAUUGUACAGUUAAAUAAUGUUCCAAAUUAUCUGAGUAUUAUAUGGAUACGUCAACCAAUAGAUGCAGUAAAAGUUGUUCUUUAUUUACAAUCAAAACCUAAUCUUCUUGUGAAGCAAUAAAGGGCUGCAAAUUUUUAGGAGCAAAUAGCAUAUUUGAUGUUAGGAUUUGCGGUCCUUAAAAUGGAUGUAAUUAGUUAGGUAUGUAAAAGUCUUAUUGUCGAUCAAUUUUGGAUUAAUGCGGAUGGGAUCAGCAAUAGUAAAGAUGUUUUAGAGUACCAGAGGAAGAAUUUAAAUUGAUGAAAUGCAGCGAAGCAUAUAAUGGAAAAUCAUGCAUGUCGGUGGCAUUAAGCGAUUAGGUGUGCUAUUGGGAUUUUUUGAGAGGCAUAUGUUACAAUAUUGUGGAUUCUCCAAUAUUGAUUUCUCAUAGUGCAGUGACGGAUUAGGAAAUACUUAUCACAGGCAGAUAUCGUGUAACUGUCAGUAAUCGAAACUUUUGCAAAUAUCAAUAAAACGUAGCAUCAGAAUACUUACCUCUUUUAGGCAAAUGUACAAUAGAAUCAUCGAGAUUUCUUUAUGACUUUAAGUAAAUCAAUAGUUAUUCUUGCCUCAUGUAUUAAUCUGGAUAUUGUAAAUGGGAUUCCUAUGAGUAGAUUUGUAUAAGCAUUCCUGAAACUGAAGUUAGUGAAUUAAACUGUGUCGAGCAAGUGCUUGUUAAUGAGAAAGUAUGUCAAUUAGCAAAAACAAAUCCUGACAUGAUUUGUAUGUAUGAUUCAGAAAACAAUUCUUGUAAGGAAAUAACAAAGACUGAAUUUGAGCUUUAUGGAUGUGAAGGAAAUGGGUUUUCAUAGGAAGCAUGUGUAAGUAAGUAGAAGCUUGGAGAAGUGUGUCAAUUUUCAGCUGGAAAAUGCAGAUUCAUUUCUGAAUCUUACAUUAAUUCAAUUCUAUGUUCCUCCCUUUAGAAUGUAAAUUCUUAGGUUUGUUAAUUAUAUUCAUCUUCUUCUAAAGUGUGUUUAUAUGAUGAAACCACUCAUUCUUGUUACACUCCCAGUAGCUACACUAUAUUGAGUUACUCUGAAAACCUAAAUCGUUAUGGUUGCCAAUAGGUCCAAGGUUCUCUUACCCUAUUUAGUUUAGAUUUGAAAAAAUGCAUUUAGAUAAGUAAUCUGAAUACUUCUUUAUUAUCAAAUUUAGAAUGCGCAUCAAAUUUUGUAAAUCAAUAAACAUGUUUGUCAAUUAUAAAAACUGAUUAAAAUUGUUUUUGGGAUGCCUCGUCAAAGCAAUGUAAAAAAUACACUGGAUAUUUUAUCAAUUGUUUAGAGUAUGCAAAUUAUAAUUCUCGAGUAUGCACAGCACUUGCCUCAGAUAUGAGCAAAUAAUUUAUGAAAGACAACUAUUGUGUCUUUGAAGAUAACACUUGCAAAAGCAAAUCAAAUACAAUUACAGAUUGCGGAGAAUCUGAAUAAAUGAAUAUACAUAGAUGUAGUGGGUUAACAGGAUUGAGUCAAACAGGGGAAUAUAUUCAAAUGUGCGCAUUUGUAAACAACAAAUGCAAGACUUUAAUUGACAAUUCUAUGAAUACCUAUAUUGACUUAAAUACAAUUACUUGUCAGUAAGCUAAUUUGAAGGCAUGUACAAGAGUAGAAACGAAUGGAUAAUAUUGUUAAUUGAUUGAUUAUGUCUCCUCCAAUAUGGUUAUAAUAGAUAAGAAAUGUGUAUCCAUAGUCACGACCACAGAAACUUGUACUACUAUCAAGACCAAUUAUGCUGUAAAUUUGAUUAAUCCUAAUCAUUGUUCAAGGGCAAGUGAUAGUUGUCAGUAUGAUGCAACUAAUGGAUGUACAUCCCCAACGAACACUAAUUUAGAAUGCAAUACUUUAGGGUUGUCUUAUUUGGGAUGUAUACUAAAUACACAAAAUCAUAGAUGUGCUUUUAUGAAGAGCAAAUGUCAAUAUUUAACAUAAAAUUUAAUCGUUUCUGAUUGUAAAUACUUAAAUCAAUUCUCUUGCUCUUACUAUGCAUUCAUUAAAUGCUAUUGGAAUGGUUCACUUUGUGCUGCUUCUACUAAUGAUACUACACAAUAUGGAAGUGAGUACAAUUGUUCUCUAAAUACAAGCAGUACUUUUAUAGUCUCGGAUGGAUUAACAUGUUAAUUAAUAUAAUAAUCUAAUUAUGAAUAAUAUUCCUGCGAUAGUAAAUUAAAUCAAUUCGCGUGUGGUUCAAUACCAAAUCAAUAUUGUUUAUUUGUUUAAAAUAAGUGCUAGUUUUAUAGAUCAACACCUUGUGAGGAUUCCUCAUAAACUUGCAGUGACAAUAAUUCUGUAAAUUUGAAAUGCGUAUAUAAAGAUAGUAAAUGUUUUGAUCAUCCUCAUACUUAUUAUAGUUGUGAUUUCUUUGACAAAUCCAAUUAUCAAUUUUGUCUGCAAUACCCUAAUUGUGUCUAUUUUAAUUAGAAAUGCUAAAAAGUCAAUUAGAUAUCUGUUUAUGAUUAUUGUAGUUCAUAGUCGUCAUCUGUACAGAAAUGUGUUCUUUAAAAUAAAUAGUUAGCUUGCUCCUGGUAAUCAGGAAAGUGUGUUGAUUUUAAAGACAAAGCUUGCCCCUCACUCAAUGGGUUCUAUUCAUUUAAUGUAUGCCAGCAAUUCCAAAAUUGUACUUAUGGAUUCGCCAAGAGAGGAUUGGGAUUUUGUUAUUCUGACAACAAUUUUGAGUCUCUAACGUGUCAAUAAUUAAACUAAGAUCUCUGUAUAGAGGAUUUAACUCAUCUAAACUCUUCUCUUUAAUGCUAUUGGGAUUAAUCAUGUAAAAAUGUAUAGAAUAACUAAAUUACAUAAUGUACUGAUCUAAGUGCUUUUAAAUCCAGUUAUGGAGCAUGUAAUUACUUUAAUUAAGAAUAAUGUAUGUAUUCAUUUGUAGAUUUCAAAUGUAAAUCAAUCUCAGAAUAUAACUCCACUACUUGUUAAGGAACUACAGCUAAAUAAUGUUCUUCAAUUCAGAAUACAUGUUAUUUUGAUGGAUCAAUUUGUUCAGUAUAAGGAGUCUAAAAUUAAAUAAAUAAAUAUGGAUGCAUUCAAUAAUCAGGAACUUGGAAGUUUGCUUAUUUUAAAUGCACCCAGAUAACUGAUGAAGUUUAAAAGAGUUGCAAUAAUCUCUCCAAGGAUGCUUGUUUAAGUGAUCUAACCAAAGAAAUAAGUUGUUAAUGGAAAGUGAAUAGAUGCUAGAGUGUUCUCUAAACACAAAACAAAUAAAUCACUUCUUGUGCAAAUCUAAAUCAAAGAGCUUGCUAAGAUGUUCGUUUAUCCAAUGUUUUCUGUGUUUGGAAUGGGACAUCAAAAAAUUGUGAUUCUCUGACUAUCUCAAAUACAGAUUGCGUUGCCUAGAAUCUUGCAGUAACUACAUCCAUGAGUGCAUGUAGUGGAUAAACCAAGAAGAAUUGUGCUAAAAAUUAUGACAAUACAAAAUGCACCGAAAUUAAUGUAAACCUUUCUAGUUGUAAUCUUUAUGGAUUAAAUAAAUAAGCUUGUAUUUAAUUAACAAGUGUGCCUUGCCAAUGGAUCUCAAUUAAUGAUGGAGGGUAUUGUGAAGAUGCAGAUUUAUAUUCAGCACAUUGCAAAGAUCUAAUUAAUAGGUAAGCUUGUCUUAAUGUUUAAACUACUGGAUAGGUUUGCAAAUGGGAUGAAACAACCUUAUCAUGUAAUGAUCAAGAGAUAAGUACCUGUGAAUCUGCAUCUAACCUUAAUUCACUUUAUGCUUGCAAUGCUGUGACGGAUGAACCCUGCUAAUAUGAUCCAAUCUCUAUGUUAUGCAGCAAAAUUCUUUAUAUUCCGAAAACUUGUUCCAUCAAUUUCAACAAAAAAACAUGUGAAAUGUGUUUAGAUAAUUGUGUCUGGUACUCAAAUCGAUGUAUUACUACUCCCUAAAAGAAUUGUUAACAAUAUGCAACCAAAUCAAAAUGUCUUGAAAGUGACUCGAUUAAUUGUCAAUGGGUAAACAACAUAUGUGCUGAUUUUAACUAAUUGGAUCAAACAAUAUUUUGUAAAGAUCUUCCUAGCAAUCUCAAUUAAGCAGCUUGCACAAACAAUGCUCGCGAUCCUUGCAGGUAUGAUAAAAAUUCACCAUCUUGUCUACCUGAUUAGAGUAUGUCGUUAUAUAUAAUUUAGAGGAUGAUAACAUUAAUGAUGAUGCAACCUGCUGAUUAUAAAUCUCCAAUUCUAAGUGGUAAGUGUGAAUAACUUCUCAUAAAGGAAUAUUGUUUAAAAUCUCGUAUUCCAGAUACAGCGUGCAUUUGGAAAGAUUCUACUUGCCAAAUGGUUACAGAUUUGAAUGAAAUUUCAUGUACUGACAAUCUUAAUUUUUGGGGAUGUUUGAAUGUAAAUAAGGAAGGUGAAUUGUGUUUUUGGAGAGAUUAAAAAUGUCUGAGAUGGUUCCCAACCAUUACUACAUUGGAAAAUGUAAAUAAGAAUGUAUGCAAGUACCAUAGUGUUAAUCGUGUUUAUGAAAGAAAUUCCUGCGUAAAGAAAGACAUCUCAACUAUCUUAUGCACAUCUGAAGGAAUCAGCAAAUAAACAUGUUUAUCAAUCCCAAAUCAACAAUGUUAAUGGACUAAUUAGUGUGUUGAAUUCACUGUAUCAAAAGAACAUUAAUGUUCAGAUUUCAAAGAAGUAUCGUCUUAUGUUUGUCAAAUGAUCCCAAAUAUGGCUUGUGUAUAUGAUGAAGGAAAUAAAAGUUGCAUUGAUUUUUCAAAUGAUGCUGUUGGCUUAGGAGUUUCAAAAAAGGCAUGUAUUAAGAAUAAGAGAAUCCCUUCUCAUUGGAAUGGAACAGUUUGUUAAGUAGUAACUGAUAAAAUUGAAUGCGAUUCUUAAUUAAUCGUCAAUGCAUAUACAUGUAGCAAUCAGGUUCAUAAUAUACCAUGUAUUUAUGAUACCAUCAACAAUCAAUGCACAAGUCUAAUUAAUGUUUGGUCAUUGAAAUGCAAUACUGAGGGAUUGAAUUUUUUAGGCUGUGUUUAACUUAAACAAGAACCAUGUAUUUUCAAAGAUAAUAAGUGUCAGCUAUUUCGUGAAAUGUAAAGUAGUUGUAUGUUCUUGAGUCAAGUAAAUCCCAAAGCAUGUGCAUCCAUUAUGGAUCAUUAUUGUUCAUAUGAUUCGAUCAAUCACAAAUGCUAAAGUGCAUAAGUCCCUUAAAGUAAUUGUAAUAUUGAAGGAAUAAACAAGAAUGUUUGCACUAAAAAUGAACUUUGUCUGUGGAACCAAGAUAAUUUAGAUUGUAAAUGCAAAUCUGUAUAGGAAACAGAAGUUUGCUAAUAAUCAAAUGUAGCUAAAUGCAAAUCUUAAAGCAGAUGCUAUUUUGAUUUAGACUAAUAUAGGUGUGUGAAGAAAUAAUGUUAUCAUCUAAAGGAUGAUGAGUGUGAUUAAAUUAUGGAUAAUAAAACUUGCUAUAGAAGUCUUAAGAAUGGAUGUUAACCAUCAGUUAUUUGUGAAGAUAUCAUCGAUCCAAAAAAUGGUUGUGAAUCAAUUUACAUUAAUUCAUAGCCUUGUGUUUAGGUAGGAAAAUUGUGUGUUACAUCUACAAAUUAUAAAUUAUUAUGUCCAUAUUCUGAUUGUUCCAAUACCAAUUGUAUUUUGUAUUAUGGAACUUGCAAAAUGAGGACAUGUGAAGACUAUGAUGCUUAAGAUUGUCAAAAUAAUGAAGGAUGUUAUUUGGAUUAAGAAAACAAUUGUCUAGAAUUAUUGAGAUGUAGUUAGAUUACUGUAGAUUAUUAUGGUGAACAAGCCAUCAAUAUUUGUAACAAGUCCUCAGUGGGUGGUUUCAAAUGCAACUGGUAGAAGUAACAUCUAAUGGAUGAUACUGAAUCGUGUACUAAUAGGUCUUGCGAAAUUUAUGGUGCUUCUUAGAAUAUUUGUUAAGGAAAUGAAAUUAAUGGGUAUUCUUGUGUGUAUUUGAGUGAUUUGGUUUGCAAGUAAUGUGAGUAAAUUACUGAAUCUUGUUUGUGCAAUUAAUAAAAAGGUGUAUGCGUUUAUAAGAAUGGAAAGUGUAGAUCUAUUUUGUGUUCCUCACUAUUGACUAAGGAGAACUGUGCUCUAGCUUCAGAUCGCUGUUAUUGGAGCACUUAUGAAGAUGCGAGCAAUGUGCAAUAGGAGGCUUGUUUAAUAGAAUGUGGGAAAUUGAUGAAUGCAGAUGAGUGCAACAGUAGAAUAAAUGAGUGUUAUUUCGAUAACUAGAAUGGUUUAUGCAUAAAGGGGAAGAAACAAAUUCCUGAUUUGAGUUCUGAGAUUUUCAUAGAGGAGUUCUAUUCUGUCAUGCUUACAGUAUUCAUAUGUCUAAAUAUGAUUAUUUAUGUAUGA